CAGAGCGCCUCCUUGUGGCUGGGGCGCCUGCGCAAACCAGCUGCCUCACCAGACCGGGAGCUUGUACCACUUGGCUUCACCUCAACUGUGCUGACCCGCUGGUCACGCCAGGCUUUAUCUCAUCUGACGCGCUAUGCCUCUCCUGCCCAGGCUCUGUCCUGUCUGCCGCCACUACCGCCGCGUGGCCCUGCUUGCCCUGCAGCCUGCUCUCCGCUUUGCCCACUCGGAGCCCCCGCGCCAACGGCCAGUGUCUGCCGUGGAAAUGGCUGUUGGACUUGUGUUGCUUUUUACGACCUUCUUAACACCAGCUCUGUACGUGCUAGGCAAUAUCAAGAAUUUCAGAAAGCAGUAGAUGGAAGAAGACGUUGAGCAGCUGUUAACGUCCAAAAAACUUUCAGAAAAAGCUGUGUCUUUAACCGAGCAAAAUUACCUAGUUGGGUUGAUGCAACCAUUGUAGUAUUCACUUUCCUUAUGUUUAUGUUGAAUAUUUUGCACUUUUUUAGUAGUGUGCAUUACAUAGAUGUAUAGUCAAAAAUGUUCUGCUUAAACGUUAAAUAAAACGAAACACUCGUUCUUGGUAA